AUGGGCAAAUCUAUCAACGCAAAGGUAUCCUUGGCGAUGACAAAAAAGUCGUGCGUGUCUAAGAUGUAUACGACCUCUGUGGCUAAAAAGUCAGUCAAGAAACGAGUGGAAAUUGACCUACAACAGCCUAAAGACAGGGAUCCCAUCGAUUCCAAGAUGGUGUCUGAAACCCAAACUGAAGAGAAGCAUGUUACCGACGACAAUGAAGCGCAACGCAUGGCUGAUGAGAUUGAGGCGAAACAAAUCGCCGAACAAGAAGCUCACAGGAGUGGACAUUACAACUGUAUUGUUCCAAACCUGUCAGAGUGGUGGAUGAAGAAUUUAUAUUCAGGAGAUGCUGUUGACGAAGCAUUGGAACGCCAUGACCGUAUCCAUACGGGUAAUGCGCUUUUUAUGGCGUGGGAAGAACGUUUUCCUGCCGCUUGGAACCAACCCUGCCUCCGGUAUGACGAUCCAUUUAACGACAAUACAGGGACAGCAACUUGUGAAGAUCAUUUUGCCCGCAUUUUCACAUCGAUGAAUUUGGAUAAUAGUCAAUUGACACAGUACCUAAUUGCCGCAUUCAACACUGAAACGAUGGAAAUGAAUCCGUCUGAAGUCUGA